AUGGACCACUGCAACGGCCUCCUCCUUCUGAGCGGCGGCUACGUGGUGAACCCCGCUACACGGCAAUGGGCCAAGCUGCCUUCCCCACGGCCGCCAUGCCGCUACGGCAAGGAGCACUUCAUGUACCACCGGUACAUCAUGUUUGACCCUGCCGUGUCGCCGCACUAUGAGGUGCUCGUCGUCCCGGAGGGUCCUUACAGGCGGGGAACACUGGACCGUGGGGUGGCGGCAUGGGAGUGGCCGCCGUCCCCGAUGUUGCUGCAAAUUUUCUCCUCGAGGACGAAUGGGUGGGAGGAGAGAUCAUUCCAGUGGCAAGGGGAGUCGUUCAGCACCGUCGCCGACCUGCCUUGGUCCGGCGACCCAAAAAGUGCUGUCUACUGGCGUGGACACCUCUAUGUGCACCACUAUUUUGUUAUGAGAAUAUCUUUGUCAAGCGGCAAGUACCAAGUAAUUAAACCGCCCCAAGAUAUUAAUUCGAGCAGAACUCCAAAACUACAGCUUGGAAGAUCAGAGAAGGGAGUGUAUCUCGCAUCAAUUGCUUCCCAUGCAGAGCGGCUUCAAGUUUGGAUCCUCGAUGAAUCUUCUGCCCGUCUCGAGUGGGUCCUGAAGUAUCAAGCAGAUAUUAGGCAUAUACUGUCACAUCGGGGCUACAAUCCGAAAGUUCAGGGGUCUUGGGUCAUGGAAGAUAGCAACUAUCAUUCUUAUCAUGAUAGAUUUCCUGAUUACAAAGAACAAGCAUCACUGGAAAAUGGAUUUGAAUGGGACUCAGAUAAUGAGGAUGUUCUUGACACCAAAGAUAAGGUUGAUGGGGAGUACAGAGAAUAUGUUGACAUUAUUGGAUUUCAUCCCCAGAAAGAAGUUGUCUUUUUGAGUGAAUCAUUGGAGAGAGGAUUUGCCUAUCACCUGAGUACCUCAAAGCUUCAGGACUUGGGAUACAUGUAUCCCACACAGUAUGAUUGGUUUGCUGAAGGCGGUAACUUGAUCGAAAGCUCAUUUCCAUACACACCGUGUUGGACCGCAAAGUUCCCUACAAAUAAUUGAUUCAGAAGCGUGUCAUGGAUUAUCAUUUUUACAGAUAGCAACACCCUUGGUGUAUUCAAUUACAGUAGAACAUGUGUAAUGUUACUUUCUCACAUUAUAGUCGAGAUAAAUCUGAAAAAUCUAGUGUUGUAUUUAUUUUAUGUGUACUUUCUAGAAUAGCAUUAAUUAUAUGACCCAUGCAAUAUUGCUUCACAAAUCUCGACAGAUUGUUUAAAUGGAUGUCACGCCAUGGAUUGGAAAAAAUCUCGAUACAGUAAUUUUUGUACUUAUGGUCUUAAGAAAUCAGUACAAAUUUUUAAUUUUCUACUUUCUAGGUAGAAAUGUG